AUGGGUUACAUUGGUAUCUCGCUCAUCGUCGCCUCUGUCGUUUGGGUCAUUGUUCGCCCGCCAUCAUGGAUGCCAGAGCCGCUGCAGGUCCUCCUGCGCUGGAGGGGAGGUGGUCUUCCUGCCAUUACAGCCAAGGACGAGGCUAAAGCUGAAGCUGAGCAUGAUUCCGAUCCUGGACCCAGUAUCAUGGUGUCGGAUCACGAGGUGGAACCGGGCCCUCGACUCCGGGCUCGUCCGGCCGAUAACCGUACCACUCAAGACGACAACCAAGGAAAGCCUACCACUACUGCGACCAGUACCUCGUCUUCUCUCAAGGCUGCGAAAAGCGAUGUCUCGUCUAUGCCGCCACCUCCCCUGCCAAAGGUUAUGCCCCCACCACCAACUAUCGCCGAGCCAGAGGAGGAACAAACGACUCCCAAGGCUGUCGCAUCGAAUCCCCCAUCUAUCAACGUCCCCAGCUUCAGCCUCGAUAAUGCUCCUAUGGCGCCGAGCUCCCACCCCGCGCCGCGACGAAACCCCACAGCGCCGGGCCCUGCACCAUCUCUCGGUCUUCCUACCGCGCGCCAGCCUUCUAUGAUGCCUCCGCCUCCUCCCCCGGGACGUCUUCCUCCUCCGACAUCUACCGCAAACCCUCCGGUCGGUCGUAUGCCCACGCUUUCGCAGUUCCCUGCUAUGAACUCGCCGCAACGAGCCCGCGGUCCUGUGCCGAACCGAGGUCCUCCAUCGUCAUCAUUAGGAGGAGGUCUCGCGCCGCCGCCAACGCAUUCCGCCAAGCCAAAUAAACCAAGUCGCAAGGUGCUUCUCACGCCUGGCCAUUCUCCUCUCGACUGGGCUCGCAUUUCGGGGCCGAAUGCUGACCUUCGGGGUGUCGAGCCGUCAACACCAUAUCUGCGUGUCACUCCAUCCAUGUUGAAGCGCAUGACAGGUCGCAAAGGCAAGGAUGCAUGGAUGGCGCUCAACGGCAAGGUAUACAAUGUCACGCCCUAUGCUGACUUCCAUCCUGGUGGUAUUCCUGAACUGAUGCGUGGUGCUGGACGUGACGCAACCAAGAUAUAUGGCGAGGUUCAUCCUUGGGUGAACUACGAAACUAUGCUGUCCGCUUGUCUAGUAGGCCUUCUCGUUGAAGAAUCCGAAGGUGCCGAGAACCAGAUGGACCAGAUGGAUUAG